AUGCAGUCUAUGCGCAUCUUGGGCGCCCCAACCCAGACUCUUCCACGUCCGUCACCUCCUCCGCCUCCACCUCCACCUCCACCUCCACCACCCGCCGACGGUCACCGGGCCAUGGACGACGCUCCAGCUGCCAGCCUCAACGUGGGUCCUCGACCCAGGCAGACCGCUCUGGCCCGGCCCAGUCUCGCAGGCCGCCCCGCAGGCCCACGCGGUGCUCGCACUCAGCGGCAGAAGAACUCGCUCGAUCUUACCAGCCCUUCGCGCUCAUCUAAUUCGUCUAUAAACGGAGGCGAAUCGCCCUCUCAGUCUACCGUCGCUUCACCUGUUCAGAGUACCUUUCCCCCGUAUGCACAGCAAGGACAGUCCCAGCAGCUGCAGGCGCCCCGCCCACCUCCUGUCUCGGUUCCACAUCCGCCGCCGGAGAUGAACGCGAGCCAGAAUGUAGGUCCAAGUGUCAUCCCCAACGUCAACGGCUACGCUACCACCUCCCAAAGCCAAGAUGACAGCGCGUACUCGGGCCCGCCCACAGCAGUACCCCUCCCCCCGCCCGCCGCUGUCCCCUCCAUCGUGACUCCUGGACCAGCGCCCCCAUACACCACCCAUGCGAUCCCCGCACUCAACAUCAACGGCAUCAACGGGUCAUCCACAUCAUUCUCAUAUUAUCCAUCUUCCCCACAUCGCAUCAGACACUCCCUAUCAUCAUCCACCACCUCCGCCGACGCCGCAGUUCAGACAUCCCCGUCGACUCACACACCCGCACCCACACCCCCACCGCCCUCGCCCUCCCGAGGUUCGUCCGGCAUCAAGCUCGUCCCCAAGCUCCCUUCGCUGGUGCCCCCGCCCCCGCUGUCCUUCGCCUCGCAGUCGCAGGCAGCGCUAUCGGCCCCGUUCAAAGCGCUCCCGUACGAAGUCGCCCAAUGGACGUUCUCCAGCGCGGAGCUGCAGGAGAUCGUGCGCCGCGCGAUCCAGCUCUCCGCGCGCGAAUCCUUCGUGCGCCUCCUGCCGCUCGCCGCGCUCGACGGCGCGCUCGACAAGGAGCUGGCAAGGAUACAGGGCGCGCAGCGCGAGACGCAGGCGAGGAUCCGGUUCGGGGUGCAGCGGCGGACGAACGUGUUGCAUGCUGUGAGCUCGGCUGCUGCGUCGGCGUCUGCCUUUGCGUCGACGGGGGCGUCGGAUAGGGACAGCUUGCACAGCAACGCGGGCGGGUCGCUGUCUGCUAGCGGCGGCAGCGGCGGACCGGGGCUAAGCCCGCUCGGCGACCUGCUCGUGCAGCUCUCGGACGCAGCAGCAUCGUGCGACACGCACAUGCUCGCGCUGUUUGCGCUCGCGGACGAGCACGCGCAGCUGGAGCGCGCGCAGCACCGGCACUGGGCGAGCGCGCUGUCCGUCGCGCUGCGCAAGCUGAACGCGCGGUACGAGAAGCAGACCGGGGAGCUGCGCGAGGCGCGCGCGCGCAUCGCGAAUCUGGAGCAGGAGCUCGAGGAGGCGUGGAAGCAUGCGGAGGAGUUUGCGAAGGAGGCGGAUGAGGUGGGGGAGGUGAUGAUCGGUGGUGGGAGUGCGAGUGGGUCGGAGGUCGGGUCGGAUGUGGAUGAGGACGAGGACGAGGAGCGGGAAGGGGAGGGGCAGGACGGAGAGGGAGGUGCCGAAGGGGGAUUGGCAGGGACUAGCGUAGGCGGCGGCGGCGGGCUGACGGUGCCCGGGCACGACCGCACACCGGGCGACGACUCUGUCUCCGAGCGGCUGAGCAUGUUCGACGACACCGCGACUGUCGAAGUCGUCGGCGUAACAGCACGAGCCGUCGCGUCCAAAGCGCAGCUCUUCGCCUCCCCGCCCUCGUCCGCGAAACACCCGCCACCACCAUCGGCGUUUAGCCCGCCCCCGCCGAGCUCGUACCCGUCUUCGCUGCCGAACAGCGCAGGUGCCGCGAGCGCGACGUUCAGCACGGGCGUCGCUGCGGACGCGAAGAGCGUGCGGUCACUGCGAUCGCGCCGCAGCACGCGCUCGACGCGCAGCAGAAACGCAAACGCGAGCGCGAACAUCAACCCUGUGCCGGCAGCAGACCGCGUCGCGGCGGCGCGCACGCGCUCCCGCGCCGCGUCGAACGCGUCUCUGCGCUUCCCGAGGCCGCUGCGCAAUCUAUCCAUCAGUGGGAUGGACGGGGUGGUCGCUCCUGGGGCUGCUACUGCGCCCCCGCCUGUCCCGGCUCUUCCUAUGGGUUCGGCGGCCGGGGCGGGGGCGCUCUCGCAUUCCCGCGCGGGGUCGCAGUCGUCGCAUCCGUAUGCGCAGGCGCAGGCGUACUCGCCGGCGCACUCGAGGAGCGGGAGCAAGAAUCUGCAGCAGGCGCAGGCGCAGGUGCAGACGCAGGCACAUUCACCGUCGCACGAGCGGAGCGGGAGCAAAACCCAGCCGCAGGUGCAGACACAGUCGCAACAGCAGCAGACACAACAGCAGCCGCAGCCGCAGCCGCAGAACAUCAAAGUCAAGACGGACGACUCGUUCCUCGAGAUGAACUUCCUCGAUCUCGACGCGGGCGAGGAGCCGAUGAGCGCCGUGUCCGUGACCCCCGGGCCGUCGCCGCUCACACCGGGGCCACCGCCGCCGCCGGUGCCGCCGAAGGACGGGGAGGGGGCGGUGAGACCUGCGCCUCCGUCGCGACCCGUUCCGGCACCGCCAGAGCCGAACCAGGGUUUGUUAAUGGAAUCCACCCCAGCUCCAGUGCCAGAUCAAUCUGGAAAUGCACCCCCGCCAUCCUUGGACACGCACCUCACCAUCCCCAGAACGUCAUCCAAAGUGUCCCCGUCCGCUUCGGCGCUCGGUUUGGGCGGAGGCAUUCCCGCGCUGUGGCUUUCCCCCGAAAACCCUUUCGCGUCGACUGCGUCGCUGGCUGUGCCUGGCGCGGGCGGGCAGGGGUUAGGGCCAUUGCGAACGCGCUCGAACUCGAUGCGCGGGCUGUCGUUGUCGUCUUCCCCCUCUGGUGAGGGUGAGGGUGCCGGUGGGAAAGGGCAGGGGCAGGGGCGGGGGUGGGAGGGCCAGAGGAAGAGGGAGAGGAGGAGGUCGUUUACGGGGCCUGUGGCGAGGUUUUCGACGAACGUCCCGCCGCCGCCGCCGCCUGAGCCUCUGAUCGAGCCCCAGGCUGUUGGUGGCGAAGAUGAGGCGGAGGCGGAGGCUCCUUUCGAGGAUGGUUUUGAUAUUGGCGGGGAUGAGGAUGGAACUGUGAUGCCAGAUGCGGAGGUGGCAGUGGAGGAAGGGUCGGCGGUGGAAGACGGCCAUGGUGAUGUCGGGCACGAUGGCGUUGUUUUUGGUGUGGGUGUGGAUGCGGUUGCUGCUAAAGGGGCCAGGGACGAGAACGUUGGCGACGGGGAUGCUCCUGACUCUGCCUCUGCCGCUGACGAUGCCCAGGACGCAGAAGCCCCUGUUUGCGCCGACGCUCAAGCUGGCGCCGCCGGUGGACUUGCUACUCCCGACGCUGAGGUUGAAGCAAAUGCCCGUGCUCCUCCUCCCUCUGCGGAAGCGUCCGAAACUGCGGUUGAAUCUGGUGCCAUUGCCUCAGCUGUUGAAACUGGCACCGUCGCUGGCGCCGAGGCUCAGGACAACGCCGAUACCAUCGACUCCGACGCCAUCGAUACCACCCCCAAAGCCCACGUCGGAGAGCUCGAGCAGGAGGAACCGGACACUGCUCCCGCCGCACCUGAACCCUCGGACGUAAACGCGCACAAACCCGUGGAAGAGCUGUCUUCAUCAUCUGCACCUGUCCAGGAUUCUAUACCUCACCCCGAAUCGUCUUCUGCAUCAGGUCCGACCGCUACGCCCGCUACCAGCUUAACUCCUCCCGGGAACGAGCACAAAGACGAGGGGCCGAAGGUCCCGACACUUCAGAUCGAGGAGGUGUCAAGGGAUGACAAGGAGCAUGCGGUCGAGUCGCCACUGCCGAGCGCAAGUACGGGGGCGUCGGUGAGGCUGCCGUGGUGACACGCUCCCUGACUGAUAUCCUCGAUAACCCUUACCAGCUCUUCCGAUACCCCCUUUGUCCUCCGUCAUCCGCCCAUCACAGCCUAUCUCAGCAUCCAUACUUGCCCAUCACUCAUCACUAGCCCUGGAUCACCACUCUCCUUCCUUCUUCCAUAAGCCGUUUCCGGUCUCUGGUGCAUGGCCCGCGUGUUCGCUCGCUCCGGCCUCUACUAUCUCAUCUACUCGUUUAUUUUUGUAAUAAGCACGACGUUACGUCGAUCAGGUAAACUCGGUACACAAUAGUCGUUCCGCUCCCAUAUAUCCCUAGCUUUUAGCCUAUCCUGCGCUCCACCUACUCGCCAUCUUUUAGUUUUUCUAUGCGAUUGGAGUUCUUUUUUUGCUUUUCGUCUCGCCCUUUUAUAAUCUCAUACUUAUCUUCUGCUUUCUGGCAGCUACUUUCGUGCGAUAGUCACGUCAUGCGAUCAUACCAGAAACCUCCAUUGCC